UCCCACUCUCUCUGCAAUUGCAUCAUCCCACUCAUUGUUUGAAAGAAGAUUUUAGGGAAGAACACAACUCACAGGGGGAGGAGAGAGAAAGUUAGGUUUAUCUUUUUUCAAUCGCUGAUUGACGGUCCAGAUUUGUUCUCCUGAUUAUCCGACGGCUUACAAUUUGUCUUCUUCCUUUCGGCGGUCAAUGUUGAAGAAGAGAGAGCGCGAGGUUUUAGAGAGAGAAAAUUAGGUUUUUCAUUGAUCGAUGAUCAACGGUCCAGAUUUGAUUUUCUUCUUUAUCUGACGGCUCGUAAUUCUGCUCUUCCUUGUUGGCGGCCAUUAAAGAGGGGUAAAGCAAGGUUGAAUAAUAUUUAUUGAGAGAUAGUUUAGCGAGGAAUUUGAAGAAUUUUGCGAGGAGUUUAAAGGAAUCGUUUGAUUGCUUCGCAGUGGAGUUUUUGUGGUUUUUGAAUGAGAUUGGAAAGAGGAAAAAAAACUUCACAGGUAUUUGAAAACCCUAAGCUUUUUGAUUGAUUUGUGCACGCUUUUUGUAUUCUGGAAAUUAUAGGUGUUAUUUGAAUUCAAAUCAAGGUUGUUCGUCAAUUGAAAAAUUGAAUAUUAAAUUCGUCGAUUUCUCAAGGCAAUUUUUCACCAGAUCCUGUUUCUGUUGGUGGAUUGAAUUAGAAAAACUUGUUUCUGUUCCUGUUUUGGAGAGAUGAUAAUGAAUCUACAUGAUUUGAGUUACUUUCUAGAAGAACAAGAUGAGAAAAUCUUAGUCUUUAAGCUGCGUUUCGAUGUCGGCGGCGAAGAAGUAUCUUUAAUAACUUGGAAGAGAGGUUUUACAAUCUAUCCUCGUUUAUACUAUGAUUUUGAGCGAGAAACCAACAUUAUUAAUCUCAAUUGGCUUCGCAAAGGCGAAAAAUCGAAGAUCAGAUCAGUCAAGUACUUAGUAAAAUAAUUAGGGUUUUGAACUUUCAGUUGCCCCCUAUUUAUAUUGCCAAUUCACGAGACUUCUGAUGUGGAACUAUAUUCCUUUGUGGAUCAUGUUGUUUAUCCGUGAUUCAUGUGAUUGGAUCAUCUGUCAUCUAAUCGCGUCAUAUGCUUCAAUCCAUUGUGAAAUAAUACUUGUAUGAUUGGAGCUUAUUGCUUCAGAUCUUUUACUUGGAAGUUGAAGAUGAUGAACUACGUCUUAGGUGCUUUCACUUGAAUUUGAAGAUGCUUUAUGAUUUCUUAGUCAAUUAGGUCUUUAUCCGAAUUGUAGCGAAACAGAUACCUCAUGGCCCUGAAUAUGAGAGAUAUGAGAUGAAUUUACUACUACUACAUUGUGCUGUUAUGUGCUGCCUGUGGGUAGGUUGGAUUGAAAGUCGUCUGUUAGGUAUGCGGUUUUUUUUUAGGGUAUAAGUCCGGCUGGGCUGUUGGACUUUUUUACAUGACCAGGAUGACAAAAUUGACAUCAAAUUGCAACUAUUUUGUUUAUGCCAUAUGAAAUUUAUUUGUUUUAGUUAUACCUUUGGGGGGUUGAUGAUGCAUAGAUUCAUGAAUUCCACGAAUCUGUGGAAUCUGAAGUGUUAAAAAGCUCUUAUAUGAACCUAUGGACAUAUCACGCAGCCUUGAUAUCUGGUUCACACAGUUUGCCCCAAGGUAAGCUUGUAACGAGUGCUCCCUGCAUAUACUGGAGGAUCUACGGUUGCUUCAUCAGUUCAGCCUGUUUGUAGUGCUCAGUUUAAUUAUUAGGUUUGAGCUCUUUCCCUGUGUGUAGUUAAAAAAUCUAGACACGGCGUUUGGAAAGCGCUCUGUCAAUAGAUCGUUUGUUGAUGGGAUAGAAUCCCGUCGUGAAAGCAUGACCACAGUUGGCCCAGAACUUACAAGUUUUAUUGAUCCCAGUUUGACUUGGAAGACAGUAUCCAAAGGUAGGAACACAUCAAGGCGCUCAAGAAGGUCGGUUUCAAAGAACAUGAAAAUGGUUCACGAGCAUGAGAAAAGGAGCCCAAAACGGCUAAAUAAAUUGCAAUGUUCGGAGACUGAGAAGUCUAAUGCAAUGAUUCAUGGACGGCGUUUUCCUGGCAAUAUGGAGCAUAUUCCUAUCAAGAAGAGGAGACUUUUCCUUAGAUCAGCUUCUCCACCUCUGCAAUCUCCAAAUUGUCUAGAAGACUCCGAGGACCUUGUUGGUGACCAUUGCACAGCAGAUCAGCUAACCUGCUCAGAUGUUACUACAGAGAGUCCAAUUAUGGGAGUUAGUUUUUCUGAAGGAUCAAAAUCCAGGAAUUUUGAUUGUGAUGGUAACAUUGACGAGAAAGGUGUAAAUUCAUUAAAUAAUGACGCGCGUGGUUUGGGGGAGGAUUUUUCAGGUAUUGCCAUACUUGCUGCUGCAGCUUGUAGUGAUCGAUUAGAUUAUUCCACCGAUGAUGCUGGAAAGUGUCUAAGUCAGAUGGGUCUCUUAAAUAGGGAGAAAAAUGAAUCAUUAGUUUCCGCACCUGACUUAAAAGAAAACAUUCCAAGCAUUCAAGCACCUGACUUUCCUGGAAAGGAUAUUAAAGAUGUUGAAGGAGCUUCUGUGGUUGGUUUGCCAAUUGAUGGCAUUCAGGUUGUUAGCGUGAGCAAUGAUGCUGAUGAUCUUGGCAUGAGCCCAAUAAAAGAGUUUCAGAAAGCUGAGCAAAAUGAUUCAGUUGUGUCUACAGCCCUCAAGAAAGAAAAUAUUGAAAGCCUUGGAUUACCUGCAUCGAUCAGAAGUGAUGCUGCACAGGAAAAUAAGGACGUAGACUCUCCCCAUGAAGUCGCUGAUAAAACAGCAAAAAAUUCUGGUGCAACUCGAGAUUGUCGAUUCCAUUGGGAUUUGAAUACUGUGAUGGAUGAGUGGGGUAAUCCACUUGAUGAUACUGAUACAGAUUUUGCUUCCAGUACUCAAGUAGUGGAAGUUACUCCAAUGAAUACUAUGGAAUCCCAAAUAUUUGAGGAUGCGGGGGGUUCUGAGGCAAAGAGAUUUGAGAUCGAGAAUGUAGAUGUAGAUGGCUUGGAGGCAAAGAAAUUUGAAGCUACUGUUAGUGGUGAUAGAGUUACCUUUCAAGCUGAAGUCUGUGUGGAGCCUGAAAGUAGGGCGUUGCCAGACAACGCAGGCUCUACUAGUGUUAGUACCUCAGUCAGCAGGAUGGGACAUUGCUCAGAUGUCUCAUCUGGUUUUGUCACAAGUAUCCUAAAGCAAAAAAAUUCUCUUUCCGAUGUUAAUAAUCACGUGGUGGAAUCUUCAGUAUGUGUCACUGUUUCCGAAAUUCAACCAAAGGUGGUCAAUGAAGGUGCUACUAUUGAUCAUUCCCUUUCUCUAGGGUUAAAUGGCACCAAAGCGUUAGCAUCCGAAGAGAAUAUUGGUGCGGGUUCUGAAAAUCUAAAUGAAGUGGCUGAAGAAAUGCAAACUGUCAAGUCUGAGGAGCAUGAAAUUGGUUUGUUUCUGGCACCGCUUUCAGGAAAGGCCCUUUCAGUUGGGAAGGGUGCUGAUUGCAACCUUAUUGAGGAGUCCAACAUAAAGAAUGUUGUAGAUGAAAACGAUAGAAAUGUGGAAAAUGUGACGUGUCAAUCAACAGCAAAUCAAUCCCUUGGUAGCAAGUGUGAAAUUGCAACCUUAUAUGCAUCCGACAAAGCAGAGGUUUCUUGUAGGGUCAAUGAUCUAAAUUGUCCACCUAAGCAGAACUCUUUGGCUGACAGUGAAGUUAAGCAUGAGGAAUCCGUUGGCCGAUCAUUAGAAUCUCAGCCUUCCAGCUCUGAAAAUUUAAUGGUGGAGUCGGAAAAUCUUAGUGUUUCUCAUUGCCCAAGCAAUUCCGUAGAUCGGUUUGCAACCUCAAUGUCUAUGGGUGAUGAUCAAGCCAUAAAUGCAGUGUCUGCAAAAGAAAUUGAAGAAAAGCCUACUGUCACAGAUGUAUCUGGAACUGACCCCCUGAAUAAUCAUGGAUCUGAAGCUCUUGUGCCUAAAAUAUUGGAUCCUUGUGUUGCUGUUGAUCCAUGCAGCAAACCUACCAGUGGCCAUGUUGGUGGUCAUGGAUUGCAUGUUUCUAAUGAAGAUUUAAGUCAAGUAACUGAAAAUGCUGGAACUGUUACUGAAUUGGAAGGAGGUUAUGAUUCUCAUUUGGAAGAUGGAGAGUUGAGAGAGUCACACUGCUGGGAGGAUAAUGAAGGUGAGGAUGGGGAAACUGAACAUGUGGAUUAUGAUUCCGAUAAUAGGGAUGAUUUUGUGUUUUAUGAAGCUGCUAAUGAUUCUGUCCAAUUGUCAGGAGAAGUUUUGGUUGGGGAGUCUGAGAAGCAGAGUUAUCGAUCAGAUAAUUUUAGCUCUGCUGAUGAACAACCAAAGCUUGAUAAGAGAGUUGAAGAAAACUGCUCUGUAAGGAUUCAGGGUUGUUUGUCCACUGUGGAUGCUGUGGAAGCGGUUUGUCCAAAGAGAGAUUCGGCCCUGAAGGCAUGUUCUGCAGCAAAUAAUAAUUCUGAAAAGGGGGAGAUGGAUAACAAGGAUUGCAGGUCAAGUAUAGAAGCUGAUAGCGUAGGAAAAGAGUUUGACUGUGAUCCUCCACGUAAUGCCAGAGGUGCCUCUGCUAGUGGAAGGGAUUUGCAAUUUUCAGACAGAGGUGCUGAUUCCAUGAGAAGAAGCAGGUCCAGCAACUUUGACUGUAUUCAUCACACUGAUGGUCCAGAUGGCUCCUUGAACAGGAGCCAGCAGCCUCCUAUGCGAAUGGGUCGGUUUGGUGGCCGCUCUUGGAAUCCUGAACUAAAAAGCACUGUUGCUAAUUCUGCCUCCGAAGAUGAUGGAGAGAGAAUUAUCAGAGCUUCAGGUGAUACUCCAUUUAGAGGUCGCAGGCCAAGAAUCAUUAACACCUCACGAAGUGGCUACCAUAUUAUGAGAAGAGGAUCACCAGGAGAGAGAGGUAAUGAUUUUGGUAUGGGUAUGAUAAAGGCACGAGAAUUUAGCCCCGAUAAUAAUCCGAGGAGCAGGUUUGGAAGAUUCAAUGGGAUUAAUAGGGGUUUUAGGGAGGGUGGUUAUCGCAGACCAGGGGUUUAUGAAGGUCCUAAGUCUGGUGGUGGUGGACCCAUGUUGAAUCGUUUUGGCAAAAGGGAUAGAAGCUUCUCUCCAGUUGGUGGUGAUAGAUUUCAUAGAAAGUCUAGAUCUAGAUCAAGAACUCGCUCGCCUGAUUUCAGGUCUGAAGCUAGAAUGGGGAGGGGCAGACUGCCAUAUCAGCAAGCAACUCACGCAGGUGAGCAUAUGAGAGAAAGAUCACCAGUAAGGGUGUUUAAUCCAAAUCAGAGAUUUGAUGCUAUUGGCUCACCAGGAAGAAUGAGGUCUGAUGACUGCAUGAGACCCACAAUGCGCCCUAUGAGGUUCCAUGAUACUACAUCUGGUAGGGCUCAUGACUUUGAAGAAAGUGAUGACUUCAGGAGAAAACCUCUCCUCAUGCGUAACAAUCGGAGGUCUCGAUCAAGAUCCCGAAGUUGCUCUCCCAAUUUCAGGUCUGAUACUAGAAUGGGAUCAAUGAGGGUUCCCUAUCAGCCGUCGGGAGAUCACAUUAGAGAUAGAAGGUCGCCACCGGUGAGAGUUUUUCGUCCAAACCAAAGGUAUGAAGGUGGGGGUUCACCUCCUGUAAGAUUAAGAUCCGAUGAGUGCUUGCGACCUAUUAUGCGACCUCUAAGAUUUCCUGAUACCGCUCAGCCGGGAAGAGGGCAUGAAUUAAAUAAUAACAAUAAUAACAGCAGUAAUAGUAAUGGGGAUGAUUUCAGGAGGAAGCCUCGAAACAUUUUUGAAAGAAUUCAUCCUGGAAGGCAUUAUGAUGUAGAGGGAGGAGAUGUUAGAAGGUUCCAGUAUGACAGUGAGGAAGGCGCACCACCACCUACUCAAAAUUUUCGUAGGCAUGAUAACUAUGGAAGGGCUGGUGAGAGAAGGCCGGUGGAGUUUAGGGGCCCUAGAGAAGAAAGAGGUAAUGUUAGAUACAACAAUAAUAAUAACUCUGAUAGAAUGCUCUAUUCUGGGCCAAAGCAGUUUGGAGGUAUGCGUGAUUAUGCCGAGGAUGGAAUUCCAAGGAGACCCCGGCCAUGAUGAAGAUCACUUCUUUGUGAGUAUUUAUUUUUCAUUCACCUGGGGUGUACUUAUACUUGUGGGAAAGGUUAAGUUUAAGCGAUCCUGGACUAGUUGUCUUCCAGUGAUCUUUAGGUUUCCUGUUAGUUGGUUCAAUUAUUCUCCUUAGUUUGUUCUUAUUUGGUUAUUUUAUAUCUUAGAUAGAAAGCAGUUUGUUCUUUUGUAACAGUUUUGAGGUGAUAAAUGAAAGUAAUUGGAGCUAUUUCUUAGAGCAAUUCAUUACUUGUAAUUUUACUACACACUGACGCAGAGUACAUGACAUAUAUAUUGCUCCUGUUAUCAGUUA